CCCCUCUUUAUUUUCUCUUUGCAGCCUCAAGGGACCCCUCUCUUCUGGACAUCAGAGUUAUGACGCUUUGGAGGUGACCCAGGCGAAAAGGGAUGCAGACCUUUCAUCCUCCAAAUGAAGGUCCCCUCCAAGGACUCGUGGCCUCCCGCAUUGAGGCUUAUGGGGGCCGGCAUCGGGCCUCUGCCCAGAAUGCUGCUGGCGGUCUCUAUCCCCGAGGCGGCCUCGUGCUGGAUCUCGGUCGCCGGCGCCUCCAAGACUAUGUCCCCUUUGCCAAGGGUUCCGGCCAAGCCCGAGGCUUGUCUCCCAUGUGGUUGCGAGAACAGGAGUCCGAGAAGAGGCAUGGAGUCCACUUUGGGGUUGGCCCACCUCACUCCCCCAAGCUCAAGGAAGUCACCAGGGCCCACGAGCUGGAGGUGAGGCUGCACACAUUCAGCAUGUUUGGGAUGCCCCGCCUGCCCCCUGAGGACCGGCGGCACUGGGAGAUAGGAGAGGGUGGCGACACAGGCCUGACCAUCGAGAAGUCCUGGAAGGAGCUGGUGCCUGGGCACAAGGAGAUGACCCGGGAGCUCUGCCACCAGCAGGAAGCACUGUGGGAGCUCCUGACCACCGAGCUGGUCUACGUGCGAAAGCUCAAGAUCAUGACGGAUCUCCUGGCUGCCGGUUUGCUGAACUUGCAGCGAGUGGGACUGCUGAACGAAGUGUCAGCUGAGACCCUGUUUGGAAACGUCCCCAGCCUGAUUCGAGCCCACCACAGCUUUUGGGAAGAGGUGCUGGGGCCUACCCUGGGGGAGACUCGAGCCUCAGGCCGGCCUCUGGACCCUAUCAGCCUGCAAAAUGGCUUUCUGAUGUUCAGCCAGCGGUUUCAGCCCUACAUCCAGUACUGCCUGCGAGUGAAGCAGACCAUGGCUUACGCCCGGGAGCAGCAAGACAAUAACCCGCUCUUCAAUGCCUUCGUGCAGUGGUGUGAGAAGCACAAGCGCUCGGGGAGGCAGACCCUGGGUGACUUGCUCAUCAAGCCCCACCAGCGCAUCACCAAGUACCCGCUGCUGCUCCAGGCUGUGCUCAAGAGGAGCCCUGAGGCACGAGCCCAAGAGGCCCUGCACGCCAUGAUUGCAGCUGUGGAGUCAUUCCUGCGACACAUCAAUAAGCAGGUCCGCCAGGGCGAAGAGCAGGAGAGUUUGGUGGCUGCAGCCCAACGCAUUGGGCCAUACGAGGUGCUGGAGCCGUCCAGUGAGGAGGUGGAGAAGAACCUGCGUCCAUUCUCCACCCUGGACCUGACGUCACCCAUGCUGGGGGUUGCUCCCGAGCACACCAGGCAGCUGUUGCUGGAAGGACCCGUGCGGGUGAAAGAGGGGCGAGAAGGGAAGCUGGACGUGUACCUGUUCCUCUUCUCCGACAUGCUCCUGGUGACCAAGCCCCAACGCAAAGCAGACAAAGCCAAGGUCAUCCGCCCCCCACUCAUGCUGGAGAAGCUUGUGUGCCAACCCCUCCGAGACCCUAACAGCUUCCUGGUGAUCCACCUCACUGAAUUCCAGUGUGUCUCCACUGCCCUCACUGUGCAUUGUCCCAGUCCUGCAGACCGUGCCCGGUGGCUGGAGAAGACGCAGCAGGCCCAGAUGACACAGAGCCAGUGAAGGUGUUUAACCAGGGAGUGACGUGGGCAGAUGUACGUGAUAAAAGCUAGAGGACUUCAGAAGAAGAGAGAUGCGAGUGGAGCUGUAGUGGUUCCCACUAAGUGGGGCUUAAAUCAACAGAAACUUAUUCUCUCCCAGUCUGGAGGCCAGAAGCUGGAAAUCAAGGUGUCGGCAGGGCCGCACUUCCUCUCCAAGGCUCUAAAGCCUUGGAGGAGAAUCUGUCAUUGCCUCUUGCAGCUUCUGGUAGCUCCAGGUGUCCCUUAGCGGUGGCAACAUCACUCCACUCUGCCUCUGUCCCCACGUCGCCUUCCUCUCUGUGUGUCUCUGUGUCCAAAUCGCUCUGUCCUGACUCUUAUGAAGACCUCAGUCAUUAGAUUUAGAACCUGCCCAAAUCCAGCAGGAGCUCAUCUUGAGAUCCUUAACUUAGGAUCCUUAACUUAGGGUCUCUGGAAAGACCCUUUAUCCAAAUAAGGUCACGCUCACAGGUUCUCAGGGUUAGGACCUGGACACGUCUUUCUGGGGCCACUGUUCAAUCCACUACAGAAGCCGAAUGGCCAGAGGAGAGCGGAGAUUUGAGUUGGACUUUUAAGGAUGGGGAAGACCAUAUGAGCAGAAGACUCAAGGUGGCAACUGGGUUGGAUUUAUUUGGGGACAGUGACCAUGUCUGUCUGAGUCUGGAGCAAAGGGUUUGUGUGAGCGAGUUAUGAGAGGCCAGGUUCUACAGGACCCCAAGAGCUACCGAAGAGUGUGGACUGGACGAGACUGAACUGAACUGGGUUGACAAGAGAGAGCCACCAGAGAUCCUUGAGCAAGGGUAUGCCAGGGUGAAAUCACUGUGUUCUGUCUUGAAGUGUCAGGUGGCAGAGUGACAGGUGGGCUGAGAAGGGAGAGGUUGGUGGCAGGAGAUUUACUGUACGAGAGUGUGGCUGUGAAACACUGAGGUUCAGUGCCAUGGCCUUAGGGACACAUUGCAGAAAAGAAAAAAAAGAAGGGAGAAGAAAGGGGCGAAAGAAGAAGGAAGGGGAAGAAGAGCCUUAGGGAGACUGUGGUUGACAGCCUAGACUGACAGAGUGCACGAAAAUCUCGGGUCAGAUAUCACUUCUACCUCUUCCUACCCUGCUGAGCGACGGUGAGCCAUGUGGCCUCCCUGAGCUUCCCAUUUCUCCACCUGAAAAUGGCUGCACAUAAUAGCAGUCCUUGCCUCGUACGGAAGGUUCAAAGGAAUCAUUCAGAUUAAACAGGCAGCAUGACGCCAGCUCUGGGUGAAUGCUCGGUAACUCAGGUCUGCAGGGACAGACACGAUGUGCCUCCCAGGGUUCUUGCUGGAGAGACGGCCUUGGCAAAGGCACCCCUGACAGCAACGAAAUUAUUGGAAAGAGAAACCGUUUGUUUAGUUGUUGCUUCCUGGGAGAGGGGAGGCUAGGGUGGUAAUAUUUGGUUUUCAACAGAAGCACUUGGGGAUGAGGUGGUGGGAGACAGCCCAGUGCAGACACCCUAGGGGCUUUUGGAAAUAUGGAAACGCAGACCUGGAGCUCAGCUGAGAAAUAGUUGCUAAUAAUAUGAAAGUCGCUAAGGGAGUAGAUCUUGAAAGUUCUCAUCACAAGAGAAAAAAAAUUGUAACAAUGUAUGGUGACAGAUGUUAACUAGACUUAUUGUGGUGGUCGUUUCAUAAUACAUCCCAAUAUUAAAUCAUUACG